CCAAGCUAAAAGAAUGCGCACAUCCAUCAAAAAGAUGACAUCAACAAAAGAGCGGGAUCACAAGAAUCCAGAAAAACCACUGUGGGGCCAAAUUCCCGUCCCAGUUCUGCUUGUCAUAUACACGCACUUGGGAGAUGUGGACAGGGUUUCAAUGGCUAGGGUAAUGUAUUUUAUAUAAAAUAUAUGACUAAACACCUUAUUAUUACCAAAUGAUAAAAUAGAAAUCAUGGGGUAAAAUUGCUGCUAACGUGGAUGGAUGUUUGGUUGAUGGAAAGAUGAGUGGAUUGGAUGAAUUGACAUAUUUGGGAUCUACUCAACCCGCAUUAAGUGACGUUGAUAUUUACAUGGCUGUGAGUGGAUGAUUAGUUUCGAGACAAUUUAAGACUACAACGUGGAAUUUUGAUAUGUGGCUUGAAACAAUCAACUUAGAACUCUACUGGAAAGAGUGCACAGUGAACUGCCUGUGUGGGUAUUUAAGGAACUCAAUAUUGAGAUUGUACGUGCAAACUUGUGCAAGACGCACGCUUUUGGUUGGCGUAAUUUUUAAUAACAUGGGCAGCAACAGCAACUGCAAAUAGAAGGAAACUUAUAAGGCAAUGUGUUGUAAAGACCAUAUUUUGAAAGUCAAUAAACAAGUAGAUAAAUUUUAAAAACCAGAACUGCCCUGCCACUAUCAAGGAAGUAAGUCUCCUUCCUCAAUAUAAAAAAUUGGUUUCAGGAUCAUUUGGUGAAAUUGUGGUACUAUCCAUGUGCACGUUAACAUUGGCCUUCUCAGAAAGUCGUAUUCAUGAUAGCUAUUGAAAAAUAAAGGUAGCAAAAGAACUUGGCACAUCAGAUGAGGUGUGGUAAAUGCCAUCUUAAUGUUUACUUUAACAGACCAUACUAUAACAAAGUCCUAAAGUGUUGAGAAUAAACAAUGCACAUAGAAAUGUUUUGUACACUUGACAAAUUCAUGCCCCAAAUCUGAACUAUUGGAGACCAAGGUGGCAUGCGCGCCCAACGUUAACAAAAAUAUCUUUUGAUAGCCAAACGGUAGAGUGUUUUACCAGUGUGUUAGCCAGGAUGCUAGACGGCGUGGGCUUGGACCUCACCAAAAUAUGAAUAACAGUAGAUGGACUAAAUGAUAGAUGUGUGAAUAGAUUAAAAGCUGGAUGUGUGAAUAAAUUAGAAACUGAAUGUGUGAAUAAAUUAGAAACUGGGUGUGUGAAUAUCAGCCUGAAAAAGGGCAUACAUCAGUAGUCAGAAAAUAUCAAAAAGCAAAAACCUUUCAAGAGAAACAAAGAAGCUAUUUAUAAAACUGUAAUCAGACCAGUUGCAAAAUACGCAAGUUAAACGUAGACCCUAACAAAAACGGCAGAAAACAUAUUAAACACAUGGGAGAGAAAAGUUCUCAGUAAAUUAUAUGAACCAACAAAGGAGGAAUAUGGCCAUCGGAGAAUGAGAACCAAACAUGACUUGUACAGUCUAGAUCAGGAUCUCACCCUAGUGGCAGAAAUUUUCAAAAAGCAGGCUACGCUUGGCAGGACACUUUGAGAGAAUGUCAAACGAACGAGGAGUGAAGAAGGUGCAUCGACAAAACCCCAGAGGAAAACGGAUCAAAGAGCAGACCUAGGCUUAUAUGGCUAGAUGAUGUGGAAACGAUCUACACUAAUUUGGAAUCCAAGCAUUGACAAGAAAAGCAGUAGUUAGGUGUGAGUUGAAGGCAGUUGUGACGCAGCCCUAAGAUUUACAUAGGCUGUAACGCCACAGGGAUGGAUGGAUGGACUAUGAACCACCUCUGUGCUAAGCCCAUUUUUUUACUCUAUCUAAUAUCAUAUUUGUACGGACAAUAAAAAAAAUGAUAUAAAUAAUAACCAGAAAACAAAGAUUGAUCAGUUCCUGCCACUGAGAGUCUCUUUUACAUGAACACUUCCUAAAUCACAUGCCUUUUUUCCUUAAUAAGGUGUGUAAGACCUGGAACCAAGUCUUCCAUUUUCCCGCGCUUUGGAGAACGCGAUUGAUUGAAUUCGGCGGACGAAGAUCAAAAGGAAAAAUCAAAUAUGACGCUUUAAUGAAGUCUAAAAAAGCAUCACCAAAGUCUUACGGUACAGUAACGUAGCUGCUUUACACUGUUACAAUAAUAGACUAAUUUAGUGGUACAACUAACAUUGUUACACAAACAACAUACCUUAAAAUUGCCUUCUAGUACAGCUAAAAUAUUGGUACUAACCUAGCAUAAUAUAUUAUGUUAUAACAAAUAACAAACGGGAAGGCUGUAAGCAUGUCAGUUGCCCUCAGGUCGUUGUAUAUGCAUCAGGCCAAAAUAAUCACUUUAUAGUUUCAACGCCAUGUUUCUUUUCUUCGAUAUCCAUACUUUACGUUUCACCAUAAGUCCUUAAUCCAUUUUUGUUAUUACACAUUCCUAAUUAAUGUCUCAUUAGGAAAGUGUUCGAUCAAAUUCGCUGAACAGUUCGCGACCUCUCUUCAAGACAUUACGAUUAAAUUCCAUCUAAUCCAUGGGCG